GUCUGAGCUGUUUGUCUCUUCUCUAUCUUUCAAUAUGUGGGAAGAAGUUAGAUCUUUCACAUUUGAGUGUCUGCAAUUGUAAACGCAUAAUUUUGUUUUGCUCCCAAAAUUAUUAAAAAGGAACCGAAUUUUCAUCUCCUUCCUUUGAAUUUUUAGUGACCAAAAAGAAUUGGUGUAUAUAUAUAUAUAUAUAUAUAUAUAUAUAUAUAUUUAUAUUGGUGUGAGAUGGUUAGGCCAUCUGGAAAGCACACAUCGGCGAGAUUUUUGCUUAUCUGCGUGAGUCUUCUUGGGAUUGCUCUCAUUGUCGAUCUUUUCUGGGCUUCUUCUUCGUCUUCUUCUUCUUCUUCUUCUCGAUUCUCCAUCUCUUCCAACUGGGUUCCCGAUCCUAUAGAUAAUUCCAAAGCCCCUCCUUUUAUAAACACCGACCAUAAUACUCUACCCACCAAGGAGAAAGCUGUCCAUCAUCAAAAUGCUACCGUUGAAGGCAGAGUUUUAUCAGCAACUUUUGCUGAUUUGCCCGCACCAGAAUUAAAAUGGGAGAAGAUGGUUUCUGCCCCUGUGCCUCGUCUGGAUGGGGCAGCAAUACAGAUUAAGAAUCUUCUGUAUGUGUUUGCUGGAUAUGGCACUAUUGACUAUGUACAUUCUCAUGUUGAUAUCUACAAUUUUACUGAUAACACAUGGGGAGGAAGAUUUGAUAUGCCAAAAGAAAUGGCACAUUCACAUUUAGGAAUGGUAACAGAUGGGAGGUACAUUUAUGUUGUAACAGGACAAUAUGGGCCACAGUGCAGAGGACCUACAGCUCAUACAUUUGUGCUUGAUACAGAGACAAAGCAAUGGCAUGACAUGCCCCCUUUACCUGUUCCUAGGUAUGCACCAGCGACUCAAUUAUGGAGAGGUAGGCUCCAUGUGAUGGGAGGUAGCAAGGAGAAUCGGCAUACGCCUGCAUUGGAGCAUUGGAGUCUUGCUGUAAAGGAUGGAAAAACAUUAGAGAAGGAGUGGAGAACUGAAAUACCUAUUCCCCGUGGAGGACCUCAUAGGGCUUGUAUUGUGGUCGAUGGUCGUCUUUAUGUUAUUGGUGGUCAAGAAGGUGACUUCAUGGCAAAGCCUGGAUCUCCUAUUUUUAAGUGCUCUCGGAGGAAUGAGGUUGUGUAUAGUGAUGUUUACAUGUUGGAUGAUGAGAUGAAGUGGAAAGUGUUACCUUCUAUGCCAAAACCUGAUUCCCAUAUCGAAUUUGCUUGGGUGGUUGUUAACAAUUCUAUGGUUAUUGUUGGAGGCACCACAGACAAGCACCCUGUAACGAAAAAGAUGGUGCUGAAUGGAGAAGUGUUCCAGUUUGAUUUGGAUAAACUGAAGUGGUCAGUGAUUGGGAAACUACCAUAUCGAGUAAAAACCACACUGGUUGGAUUCUGGGAUGGAUGGUUGUAUUUCACGUCCGGGCAACGAGACAAAGGACCAGAUGACCCAGCACCAAGGAAGGUCAUUGGAGAAAUGUGGAGGACCAGAUUAAAAUUAAACAAGUGAUUGUUUUCUGUUGAUUCUUUUGGUAGGAUGUUUUUCUACCUGUAACCAUUUUGUCUACUUGCAACCGCAUUGUUAUGUUUUUCAUGUAAUUUUUUCUUUUUCUAUUAUUCUUUUAUUUUGGAAGCAAAAUAUUGUUCCUUCCUGUUACAAGCGAAUAGAAAGUUACCUAAUUAAGCAAA